GUAGUACGAUCUGGCGUUUUUUCUCUUCGGCUAACGGUGAAAGGAACGCCUGAUCGCAUCGCGAAAAAGGUUAUUCCAUGUCUUCCAUCACUGAGUUUGUUUCUCCCAAUUAUUUUCUGAACUGUUCUUUUUUUUCCUGGCUUGAACCUGGAACUUUCUAACGCAGUUUCGAUUUUCUUCUAUUAUGAUACAAGCUAGUCUUCAUCCAGAACUAUAAUUUUUCAGAUAUAUCUGAAACUUAAACUCUUGGACUGUGCCCCAAAAUUUACGUAAAAAAUCGCCAAAUGUUCGUGCCGCAAAAUACAAAUUUUCCAAAGUUUUUAGAUUAACGCGUUGCAAAAAUUUUAUUUUGUGAGGUAGUUCCCCGAAAAAUACUUGGCGAACAGACUCUCAACAAAGUUCACUUGCUUGUACAACUGUACAUCGUUCAGAUUCCCUUCCCCUCCCCUCCCUCGAUGGAAGUUAUAUCCGCUAGGCCAAUCAAAACACUGUAACGCGGAUUCGAUUGCGGAACUUUUGGAGUUAAGAGAGAAUUUACACUUAAAGCAUCUUCCCCGACCACUUAUCGCUUACGAAUGAGCAAGAAUUUCGUUAUAUUUUUUCUCACGUGACCUUUAAUAAAAGUGAACUUUUAUUUUAGGCAGUUUAAAUUUCCUCACUGAUGGUUCUAAGUUUUGUAAUACCGUUUCACCUUCUACGGCCUCGCUUCCUGUUGCUGAUCGUUUAAUCAAAUUCUCCAUAUCAAGAGAUUUUUAUUUUCAUUCUUUGCUGGGAGUUAAUUCAUGGCAGGCAGCGUGAAAGUAUGGAUCUGAACGCGAUUUAUUCGGUGUUUUUAACAUGGAAAGUGGUGAGAGUGCUUCAACUUUAGAGAGAAUAGCUGAGAUCCCCAAGGAGUCCAUUGAAAGUCGCGAAACCGCAGCUGAGUUCAACAACAUCCAAGAUGGCGGCCAUGUUGUUUCCUCUGUGGUCGCAACUACACUUCAACAAAAUCCGCUAGGACUCUUUGUUACUCCGGCAUCGGUCGCUCAAGUUGUACCAGCAAGUAAUGGCUUGGUCCAGAAAAACUUGCCUGCUCUUCAGAAUACCACCAAACCAAUUCCUGCCAGCGUGUUCUCAUACAGGUUUGCUUCUCCGACAAGCAACCAGACUCCAUACUACGUCUCAUCAGACAUAGUGUUGAGUGGAGGCAUUGCCCAGCAGACUAGAAGAAGGAUUGUGCAUAAUGAAGUUGAACGGAGACGGAAGGACAAAAUUAAUAAUUGGAUAUUAAAGCUAGCUGAUGUAGUGCCACAAUGCAGCUGGGGAAAGCAGAGUAAAAACAUUGUUCUUGAAAAGACAGUUGAGUACAUCAACCAAGUCAACACUCAGCUCAAAGAACUGUCUGAUUUACAACAGAGAGAACAAAAGCUUGGUAAGGGAGUGCCACCAUGUGUUCUUUACUAGAUAAACUGGAUUUAUGAAGAUGAUGUAUUAAUGAAAAGUAUGUUCCUUUGCACCAAAUGUCUACAUGUGUGCACUUUAAUUUCAUGACUCCUAAAGGCCUAAACACUACCCAAAGUGAUGAAAAGAAAAAAAGGGAUAGAAGAGCGCAAAAAAGAGAAAAGAGAGUGGAGGAAAAUAAAAAGACUGACAUUGCUUUGAUUGUUUAUGUUGUCUACUUUCAAUGGCAAGAAAGAAGAUACCUGUGCUAGGGU